UGCGCGUGUGUGCCAGAGGGCAUGAAAGAUGGCGGCUUGUGCUUUGCGGCGAGGUCUGCUGAGCGCAGUUAGUAAAUACAACAACAGACAGGCGUACAGGAUUCUGUGUGCUACUGAGUUAGAGACAUACAGAUCACGGUUACCGUGUCGGGCAUGUGGACUGUCCGGCCACGCCGUUCAGCAGUUCAGGUCCAUGUCGUCACGGAACAGGACUGAAGGGAAGGUCUUGGAGGCUGUGGGUGUCUUUGAAGCUGUAAAGCAACACGGAAAAUAUGAAACGGGACAGUUGUUUCUCCACAGUGUGUUUGGGUACAGAGGCAUUGUGUUGUUUCCCUGGCACGCCCGACUCUAUGACAGAGACAUCACCCCUCCCAUGUCUGACAGCAAACCAGAACCCCCAGGAGCCCAUGGUUCAAAGGAGGUGAAGGGAAAGACUCACACCUAUUAUCAAGUCCUAAUUGAUACGAGAGACUGCCCUCACAUAUCUCAGAGGUCACAGACGGAGGCUGUGACUUUUUUGGCUAACCAUGAUGACAGCAGAGCGCUCUAUGCCAUCCCAGGUCUGGACUAUGUGAGCCAUGAAGACAUCCUGCCUUAUAACUCGACAGAGCAGAUCCCCAUCCACCACGAACUGUUUGAGCGCUUCCUCAUGUACAACCCUGCCAAAUCACCUCCGUUCAUAGCAAGAGACACCCUGAAGGCAUGGCAGGAGAAGAACCACCCGUGGCUGGAAUUAUCAGACGUCCACCGAGAGACCACAGAGAACAUUCGAGUCACAGUCAUCCCCUUCUACAUGGGCAUGAGGGAGGCUCAGAACUCUCACGUUUAUUGGUGGCGUUACUGUAUCCGUCUGGAGAACAUGGGCAGUGAGGUUGUUCAGCUUAGGGAGAGGCACUGGAGAAUCUUCAGCCUGUCUGGAACCCUCGAGACAGUCCGAGGGCGUGGCGUCGUAGGCAGAGAGCCAGUGUUGUCUAAAGAACAGCCGGCUUUUCAGUACAGCAGCCACGUGUCUCUUCAAGCCCCGAGUGGACACAUGUGGGGGACAUUCCGUAUUGAAAGGACAGAUGGCUCCCACUUUGAUGUCCGCAUUCCUCCAUUCUCUCUGGAGAGCAACAAAGAUGACAAAGCGCCCCCUGCAGGCUACACUUUCUAACUGUGGGACGAUUGGCUCCCAACCAUGAGGUCCUGCACGCACAGUCAGUCUUGGCCCCGCCUGCUGUCUUCUGGAAUGUUCUUUCCCUUGUAGCUUUGCUUCAGUAUGGUGCAGGUCAGGUUAAGGAAAGGGAAGAAUAGCACUUACGAGAUGAUCCAAAGGCAGGACUGCAUAUGUAUUACCCCCGUUUCCUGUCAGAGUGUAAGAGACUGCAAUAUAUCAUUAAUUAAAUUGCAUAGUGUUAACUUAAAAGAAGGGCUCUGCGGUUUUUCCAUUUUGUCUUUGAGGAUACAAGCACAGAGCAGUGAACGUUUUGAACGGUACGGAGGGUUAUCCAUGUUGCCAGGUUGAGUGAGCUAGUCGGGUUUCCAGCAAAGGUCAGGGUUCAUGGAAAAUGCAUCAUCUCCAUUCUGGCUUCUUACUGCAGCCUCAACUAAAGCUUCCUUCCUUCUUGUACUUUUUUCUUCUUUUAUAAAAACAUCUAAAAGAUGACUGUUUCUUGAGGACAUUUGAGCUUUUGUGAUGGAAAAAUAUUAUGGCUGAAAUGAAUAUAAAAUGUAAAUUUGUUAAAGGUGCAAUUGCCCGGUCAUUUUCUUGAACUGCUGAGUGAAGACGGAAAUACAUUUUAGUAAGAUUACAGUAUUAAAAAAAACCUCCACCUGAACUUGUUGUAUUUCAAUAAAUGGAAUUAAUUUUAUGUGUUGAGCAAAAGGAUUUUUCUUUUUCUUUUUUUUUUCUUAAAUUGACCUUAAGAAAUCAUGAAUUAAAACGUGUGCGUGGUUACUGUACAGUGUCCCGUGCACCUCCUCCAGUGUUGUCAUUGGCGUUCUUGUGGACUUCUGCUGGUAUUUCUGGCAUCUAUUUUUAUAGACUGCUCCCUCCAGGCGCAUCUAUUAUUAUGGAGUUUAGGCAGCGAUGCUUUUAAAAGUCUGCUGCGAUAACCAGAAAUGGGUCUUUUGUUUCUGCUGUCACUGAGGAAUUUAAGCAGACAGAACUUAAUGUUAAAUACUGACACUGCUUUAUAACUUUAUAUGCAAUAACAGGAAUUCCAGAUUGACUUCUUGCUAACAAAACAACUUUUGCCUGUAUUAACAUAUGGGCAACAGUUGAUUCAGCAAUUUAAAAAGUAUUUACAAAUCAGAAAAUUAUUGAAAGUAUAUGUAUGUCUGUCAACUGUAGUUUUAAAAUUCAUCUCACCAAAACACAAGGGGAAAAAAGUAGCGAGUACAGUGAACACCUGAGUUUACUGUUACAGAGCUGCACUGCCAGCCACAAUAAAUAGUUAAGCAAACACCUACAGUGUGGACAAGUAACUGAUGACUACUUCUCAUCUCUGUAGCGAAGCUGAAAACCAUAGCUGCUUGAAGUCCUUUCUGCUGAAGAGCUGACUUUUCUGAGGAAGAAAAGUCAGACUUUGAACAUGAGUCCUGUGCAUCUGGCCUGGGUGCUGUUUUGAGUGAAACGAUGCCCUCUUUGAUCAUUUGUAAUGGGUCUUAUGGUAUAAUAUAUAGGACUGCCUUCUGUUUCACUUUUUUCCAGGCUGAUAUAGGAUAGUCUUGUUCCUGUAUUCGUCUGGAUUCAUGUUGUCGUGCAACUCACGGCACAGACUGAGCUCUAUUGCCCUGCCUCCUGGUCAUUUUCAGUAAAGCCCUUGAUUUUUGUUUGAAUUUGUUUCUGCUGUCUUUUUGUUGGUUCUUGAAAACCCACCAGUUCCCUCAGACUUUAACAGGUGCAUUUUUGUCAUUUAAACACAGACAGUUGACUGCUGCAGAUUAGGAGCGUCACACUGUGAAACCACAAUAUCAUUAAAUCAUUUGUACUUUAAUGUGGCAAUUUGUUUUUGCUUUGACAUGAAAAUAUUUCUGAUGCACGUGUCAGAGUUUAUGUGACGGGCUCUGAAACAAAUCCAUUUAAAGUUUGAGGAGCUGCUUUUUAUUUUGUAGCUAGUGAAUGUUUGGACUGAAAAGAUGAAUGUGGAUGUCAAAAACAGAUUGUACUGGAAACUGUUACUUGAUGGUCAGUUGUUGGGGCUGCAGGGAGAACAAUGCCACCUUCUGUCUGUUCUGCUUCCUGUUAAAUGGAGAAUGAAUUCACGCAGGACCUGACUUGGACAAGAGAAGCUGUGAUCCUAAUAGUUCCUUUUAAAUUGAGGAAAGAUGCUAACACUUUUGUUUGAAACAAAGUGAAAUGAGUAGUUAUUUGCAAUGAUUGUAAAUGGAUGGAAUUAAAGGCAAAAUAAAGAAAUUU